CUCUUUUUUCCUGUAAACAUCUCGUUUUGGAGAAAAAUGCCAUCUUGGACGAUCAGUAUUUACGUUACAAUCAGCGCGACAAUUUUUAUUCUAAGAGUCCGCGGCACGAUAGACGUGAACCUGAGCGAAUUGGAGUAUCUCGCGGCUCGACUGGACCCGUUCGAGUGUAGGCGAUUGACCGCCGCGCUACAUUACACAACUUAUGACUUGCCGAAGAACCUGGCUGCGGCAGAGCGCAAGGUAGACGAGGAGAUCCCGUGUCUGCGUCAACUGCUUCAUUGGAAUAGUUCCCCAGGGGAGGGCCGGGGAAAGACGCACGCGGCGAUUAUACAUCGGCUUCGACAGAUAAAUCGCAAUGAUCUCGCCGAUUGGCUUGGCAGAACAGUCUUCAGACAACUGGGAAAGGAUCUGGACAAUGCUAUUACGCUGUCCUUCGACGAGGAAGAAAUGGAAACCAGCACGUCGGCAUUCCACGUAGCUAAUUAUACUUAGAGCUGCGCAAAACAGGAUCAAAACAUUCUUCGUAUACAAAAUGCAAGAUAAAGUGUAUUUUACAUGUAAAAUAUAAAUUGGCAAGAAAGAGAGUAUAUCUGAAAAUUUACAGAAAUUAAACGAUGCAAAUGAUUUAAAUAUUAUAGGGAAAAUUUUGAUUAUGUUAUUUUUUCAUUGUAUUUAAAUAAAUCUAAUUGUAAGAUUUAUAUAUUUUAGAUAAAGUGUAUUGCUCAGCUCUGAUUAUAAUAUAUAAUUCGACCUUUUUUUAUCUAACUUCUGGGUUUCUUUUUCAGAUAAAAAUUUUAUCUAAAUAAUGCAUGAGGUAUGUUGUUUACAGCUUGUUUACUACAACCGAGUCUGUUACCUGGACUCGAGAGGAAGAUUCAUGGUUACCAGUUGAUACAAUUCUUAUGGCUAUUGUGCUUGGAUUGCUAGGAACACUAUUUGUUCUAAUUGUAGCUGUUAUUAUACACGCCGUCAAGAGCAAUAAAAAUUAAGUAUAUCGCACGUAUAUUUUGUUUUUUCUGAAGUUUAAAUAAAGCUUGUAAAAUGGAUAUCUCUAUGUUAAAGAAUAAAUUAAUGAAACAUAAAAA